AUGGCGACAGCACCGAGCCGUGAGGAGCGAAAGCAGAUGCGACUGCGCGGCGCAGGCAAUCACAAAGUCAAGGACGUCAAUUUCAGUUUUUCCUUUGGAUCCCCAGCUCCUCCAUCCCCGGUUCCUCCGCCUAAAUCUCCGCCAGCGCUUCCUGAGAAGCCCCCGAUAACACCACAGUCGCGUCACUCUAUAACCUCAAACAAACAACUUUCAAUACCAUCUCGAGCAUCUAGCAGGCGCUCAGUAAUCCGUAGCUCUGCGCAGAAACCACAGGAUGGAUCAAUAUAUGAUAUCCCGCCGGAUGAUGACGGGCCAGAGGAGAGGAGCGCAAAGCGGAGACGGAUAAGCAAAUCAUUUGAAAGUUCAGGCCCAGAGAGCUCACCCACUGCACACCGCGCGAGUGUGCGCCAACCGCCGCAACUUAAGCCUGAAGUAGCAGACAAGCAGGCAGACAGGUCCUCAUUAACCAGGCGGACAGCGUCACCUGCUGGAUCCCCCAUAAGAAAUACACCGCCUUUACAGACCAUAAGACCUUCUGUCGAAUUUUCGGUUUCCGCAUCGCCCUCCCUUAGAGCUGGAAGCCAGGAUAACGAUAUCCAAGCACUCAAUAUAACUCAGAAGCAGCCAGCCGGAGCAAAGCAGAGGCGACGAAAGAGGAAAUCAGUAGUUCAGCAUCCGAAGAAGAAACGCAAGAGCUUACUGAAACCGCCUGUAGUCCCCGAGAGUCACGAGGUUGAAGCUGAGGAUGGAAGUGAGCAACUGCAAUCUCCUCCCAAGGACUCGACUCCAGAUGCAGGGUUGGAUCGAGGCGAUUCAGUUCCGCCAAAUGGCCCCAGCGUUCAAGGCGAUGAACCUACGGACUCACCUCGAGAACCAUCUCUCCCAAUUAUUGAGGAACAGGCAGAGGAGAUAUCGGAGCAAGCUGAAGACGGCGAAGGCAAUGGUACUCUAGCAGAUGCCAACCCGGCAGUCGAAGAUGAUGGGGGCGGCUCAGAGUCAGAAAGCCACUUACCAACACCCGAAGCUCAAGAUGUCGAAGCUCAGUCUAUCGAGCCAGAAGUUGUUCAAAGAGAGGAAAACUCGGCUAGGGGACAAGAUAGCCCAGGGAAUAGAGCCACAGCACCGAAGCGUACAAAAAAACGAAAGACGGGGGACCAGGAGGCCAGCUCUCCUACACAAAAGGGAAAAGCUGGCCAGAAGAAAGCCAAGGGUGAGGGACGGUCAACUGUCCCCGUCCGAGUCCAUAGACUUGCCAAUACCUCAGCUCUACAGGAAUGGUCCGAUGAAGAAACUUCUACUCGAUCUACUCCAGCGGAUGGCCGGCAGCCGUCACCCCAGAAUUCGUCCUUGCAUCCUCUACAGAUUCCAUCUCGUAGCGGCGUGAAUGCCGCUGACGUUCUCAGCCAGAUAUGCCGUGAAACACUAGAAAAGACACUAUCAACACUAGAAUCUGCUAUCGAGCGAGAGUCAAAUCGCGCUCGUCAGGUAGAAUGGACUCGGAAACGCAAGGCCGUGGAGGCCUUUGGUGCGGAGCUGGAGGGCAGGCUAUUUGAAAUGAGCGAACUACUGGACAGUAAUUAUGUGCUUGCAAUGCGCCUGAAAAAGGAGAAGAGGGAGGUUUUAGCCCUGAGAAACCAGCUGAUGGAUAUACGAAAAGAGAGAGAGGAGAUAGCUAUUCAAGCAGACGAAGUCAGGAGGAGGUUUUCUGCAGAUGAAAGCGCCAAAACGGAACACGGGACGAUCAAUAAUGCCCUUCACGACCUCCAGCUGGCCGUUGAUAGGAGCCAAAAGAACGCCGGUAAAGAAGACACCAAUGGCUCUACCAAUCCAUUCGUUGGCCUUGAGUUUCUUCUACGAACUGUUUCUCAGGAUGUUUGCUCUUCAUCUUCCGACUUACAGGGCGGCUUAUUGAAUCAAGUCAAAUCAUUCAAUAGCCAGCUGCAAAAGGCUGCCGCGUUAUUAGACCGCAGAGGAUCAUAA